AUGGCAGGUUGGAAUCAUACUGGUGUGAAGGAAUUCCUUCUAGUGGGAUUAACGGAAAAUCCAGAUCUACAGAUCCCUCUCUUUUUAAUAUUCACCUUCAUUUAUUCCAUCACUUUGAUCGGCAACUGGGGGAUGAUUGUUCUGAUUUGGAUAAACACUCGACUUCAUACUCCCAUGUACUUCUUCCUCAGCAACCUCUCUUUUUGCGAUAUCUGCUACUCCACUGUCUUUGCUCCAAAAAUGCUGGUCAAUUUUUUAUCAGAGCAUAAAUCCAGCACGUUUUCUGGCUGUGUCCUACAGAGCUUCUUUUUUGCAGUGUAUGUCACUACAGAGGGCAUCCUUCUGUCUAUGAUGGCUUAUGACCGCUUUGUCGCCAUAGCAAACCCCUUAAUGUAUACAGUCAUCAUGACUAAAAGAGUGUGUAUUCAGAUGGUCCUUAUCUCCUAUUUAGGGGGACUCAUUAAUUCCUUGACACACACAAUAGGCUUGCUCAAGCUAGACUUCUGUGGCCCUAAUAUUGUGAACCAUUAUUUCUGUGACAUUCCCCCUCUUUUAAAGCUUUCUUGCUCUGAUGCCCACACCAAUGAAAUGCUGCUUUUGAUCUUUUCUGGGGUAAUUGCAAUGUUUACUUUCAUCAUCAUCAUGGUCUCUUAUGUCCGUAUCCUCAUUGCCAUCCAAAGAAUCCGUUCAGCCGAGGGCAGGCGCAAGGCCUUCUCCACCUGUGCUUCCCACCUGACUGCUGUGAUCUUAUUCUAUGGGUCUGUGACGUUCAGUUACAUCCAGCCAAGCUCACAGUAUUCCCUGGAACAGGAGAAGGUCUCUGCUGUGUUUUAUACAUUGGUGAUACCCAUGCUGAACCCUAUGAUCUACAGCCUGAGAAACAAAGAUGUGAAAGAGGCUGCUAGAAGAUCAAUAUUGUGGAGAAGGAUUCCCAUUUGA